UCAACUAAAGAAGAAGCUAUAAAGAACCAAAACGACUUAGCGUUGAUCCUUUCGAACCAUCUCUUCUCUACCAAAGCCAAACACUCUAACACCGUUUUCUCGCCGGCGUCGAUAUUCGCCGCCCUCACUUUGGCGGCCUCUGGUCCCGGCGGUUCUUCACUCGCCGCUGCUAUCCUCUCCUUCCUGAGGUCUUCUUCAAUCGAUGAGCUCAACACCGUCUUCAGCGAGGUCGUCUCCGUCGUCUUUGCGGACCAUAGCGCGAACGGUGGUCCAAAGAUCUCGUCGGUCAAUGGCGUCUGGAUGGAGAAAUCGCUACCGAUUGACUCAUCAGCGUUCAAGGAUCUCUUCGAGAAUAUCUUCAAGGCUCGUUUCGAUCUCGUUGAUUUCCGAUCAAAGCUGAAUGCAUGGGCUUCGAAUCACUCGAAUGGUCUCAUCAAAGAUCUUCUUCCUCGUGGAUCCAUUACAGAGCUAACCGAAGUCGUUUAUGGGAACGCAUUGUACUUCAAAGGAGAAUGGGAAGUUUCAUUCGACAAGUCCGAAACGAAGGACGGAGAGUUUCACCUGCUCAAUGGAACCUCAGUGUCUGUGCCAUUCAUGAGCAGCAACAAGAAGCAAUACAUAAAGGCUUAUGAUGGUUUCAAGGUCCUCAGGAUACCUUAUCGACAAGGCGGCGAAGAUACAAAACGCCAAGGCAUCGCCGCCAAUCGCAGCUUCCCUUAUCUUCAAGGCGGCGAUGUUACCAGUGGCAGCUUCCCUUAUCUUCAUGGCAGCGAUGUUACAAAUCGCAGCUUCCCUUAUCUUCAAGACGGUGUUGUUACUAGUGGCAGCUUCCCUUAUCUUCAUGGCUUUGGUGACAACAAACACGGCGGCUUCUCUUAUGGACAUGGCUUUGGUGAGGAUACCAAACGCCAAGUCGGCGAUGUUACCAAUGGAAAUGGCUUUGGUGACGAGACCAAACGCGGCAGCUUCUCCAUGUAUUUCUAUCUUCCGGACAAGAAGGAUGGACUGGAUGAUCUUGUGAAGACGAUGGCAUCUACUUCUGGAUUCUUGGAUGGUCACGUUCCACGUUUCAAAGAAUCUGUUAGGCAAUUCAGAAUCCCAAAGUUUAAGAUAGGUGACGGAUUAAGCGGUAGAGAGUUGGGAUUUAACUCACUGUCAUUGUACCAUAAAGCGUGUGUGGAGAUCGAUGAAGAAGGCACUGAAGCUGCUGCUGCCACUUUUGUAAUGGGUAUUGGGUGCAUCCCUAGAUAUGUAGAAUUUGUGGCAGACCAUCCAUUUUUGUUCUUGAUUAGAGAGGACAAAACUGGAACUGUUUUGUUCGUUGGUCAGAUUUUCGAUCCUUCUAUCAAAUCUUCUUAG